GUUGAAGGUCACUCGUGCGUUCGGAUCCGUGGGGAACUUUGCCGUGCAUUUCGAAUUUUGGAAUUUUUAAUUGGUCCUCAACCUUGUCCAAACGAAUUCUUUUCAUUACUGCUUAAGUCACCAUGAAGAGAGCUGGGAAGUCAAAUGAUACGGACCCUCCACCCAAAAUCCCUAAAACGAACGAUGCCCUGUUUGCUGAAGGUGAAAUCGUUAGUUGGCAAAUCACUUACUCGUCGAGUCGAAGAGUCAUUACCAGACCACUUAUCACAUCCUCUUCCUACAAACAAGUUUGUUGCAAAUGUAUGUUCUGAGGAAACUGGAAAUUGUGAUCCUACUGCAUCAUUUCAACUAGAAAAGACUAUUGAACAGUCACCACCUAGUCAUUCUCUAAGCUUUCUUGAUAAGGAUGAAGACGAAGAAAGAGAAGCAGAUACUGUAGAGGAAGGAAAUACUAAUAACAACACGAGAAACAAAAGUGUAGAUGCUAAAAAUCCAGACAAUGAUGUUUACUCUCAGUUUCUUCGAUCAUUAUUUGCCUCUCCUUGUAAUUCAUCAAACUGUACACCUAAUAAAUCCAACUCACAAAUAACUACUCCAAUAAAGUCAACCGCAAUCUGUGCAAAUCGCUUAAGAGAUGACUCAGAUGGCGUUGAACCUCCUUCAUCAGAUAAAUGUCAUUCUGAUUUUCAGAAUUCUAAGACAAAACUAUCUUCUUCACAAUCGCUUAUGGGAUGGAAUAUAAAUGUGGAUGAGGACGAGGAUCCAGAUGAUCCAGAAUUCGAUGUAAUGGCCGAAUUGGAUGAAGUUGAUAGGGAGGACUUUUUCUAUGAACUGAGAGACGAUCGUGCUGUGCGAGUAUCGAAGGUGGAAACAAAAAAACUACACUCAGAUUUACGGGCACUGUUUAACUGUGGAGAUGAACAAGAAAAUUGUACUUAUAAAUCAAGGAGACCGUCAGUUCUAGCAAUGAAAGCUUAUCGUCAACGCCUGUUACAAAUGAAUCGUACCACACCAAAUCAAACAGAGAAAUUUGACAUGACCCGUUUCUUUCAAUCCGCCUUGCCUUCAUCGAAGAACGUGAAUACAUCUGUUGUUUCAAUCCCAAUACGCAAAAGAAUCGCAUUAACAAGUACAGAACUAGUUCGAUUAGAACGCCAAUUGGGAAUGCACAUACAGUUGUUGACUACAAGUUUCCUGCUCACUUAUGAUUUUCCUGAUAUGCACGAAUCAACGACUCGACCAUGUGCAUCUCUUCUCAAAACUUUGGUUGCCAAGCGUCAGGCUUUUGAUUUAGUCGCGCUUCAAAAAAAAGUAUCCGGUGCAAUUCAUUCUGUAACUAGCUUCUAUUGGCGUUGUCCUACCCUAGACAUGGCUGUUGAUUUGAUUUCUGAUUACUCUGGAUUGUCUAUGCUUCCUCGUUUACCAUGGAAUCCUUAUAAGCAGGGAGUAGGACAUAUGUUGACUAAAUCGCAAUCAUUUGCCUUCCCGAUUCCAUACUGUUUAUUGGAUAUAAUGAUCAACAGUCCUAUUUGGUCUUAUGCUUAUUUAAUGCCUACCGUCUUGGGACCUCAUCCAAAAAGUCAUGUUCGGCUAGUAUUUCAUCCGUCAGAAGAUGCUUUGAUGAUAAUGGGACUGGCAGAUUUUUCAGGUGCUUUAACCCGCUGUCGUAGAGCUCUUGAAUCUAAAAUGUCUAGUCAACGUUGCUUCUCAAGAAGUUUAAAGUCUCAAAAUAAACAACCAGGACGUUAUAUUGCCUAUCGUUUAAUCGGUAGGUAUAUACUUCCACAUCGUACAUUUUUACAGCUGCGCUCUCGUCGAUGGAAUCUGUUAGCUAAUCGUGAUAGCAUAGAUAACGCAGGAGAUUCAAAACCCGUAUCAGUUGCCACUCGUUAUCUACUUCAACUAUAUAAGGAACUAAGUCAACCGGGUGAAGUAGAUCUUAAAAGGAUGCAACAAUAUGCUAAUGAAAUGAGUUCUCUUGCUAUUCCUUAUGGUAUACCACUGAUUACCUCAUGUUUAACUGAUAGGAAUCCUCAGGAACUGUUUACUUUCGAAGGACUUCCGACUGAAGUAGGUUAUGAGGAUGUAUUAAGUUAUAAUAACUUCUGCGAAAGCGUAAAACGCAAGUUGGAUGUACUAACUGAAUUCACGCAAAAUGCAAACUGCUUUUGGAAAUCUCAGAUGGAAAAAGCAUCUAGAACAGAAACAAACUACUUGUCGGUUUUAGACGACGAAUCCAUGAUCAAAUCAGAACAACCUACUCAAUGUGAUGUUCUCGGUCCAAAUUACCUACCUGCUAUACCAGUUGAUCUUAAUCCUGAUGGUACUGUGGUUCUCAGCAGAACUAGAGAGCCUAGUUUGGUUGAAGUUACCAGGGUCACAGAUGAGGCUGGGUCAAUUUCCAAUGAACACCCGAGGAACUUACCAAGCUCAGAAGUACAGCAUGGUCCUGUUUGUCAGCGUGUUACAUCACAUCAUAUUGAAUUUAUCUUAGCCCGUAUUAACAAACGAAAGUCAGGUAGUUAUACAAACAAUAGUGAAGCACGGAGCGUUGCAGAUUGCGAUAUUUCGAAUUGUGUUGUGACGCAUGGAGUUAGGGAUUUUAUUCAAGGCGAAGAACAAUUUAAUGAAAUUUCAAAUGUUUUCGAAUCUCAUUACAAUAAUACUGGCAAUGUAGCGCUAGAUGCUUGUCAAAAGGUAGCUGAUUCUUUAGUGAACACCUUUCAUCUCGGUUUGGAUAAAUUUUUCGGUGAUUAUGGAGACACAUAUUUUACCUCAAAGAAGUUUAACCACCCUGGGUGGCUCGGUCAUGUCCAGCCUAUUCCGGACUCUCCAGUUGUCACUAGUGAUGAGUGUCAGAGCCAACAAGCUGGUGUUUUCCCCAGUGCUUGUUUUGUGUCUUCCAGUCGUUUCAUUGCACGUUGUCGUGCACGUGGAGAUGCUACUUCAGCUGACCUUCUUACCUUGCCAUCUUCGGUUAUAGGUCAAUCACAAACGCUAAUGGAUGAAAUGGAUGUCAGGCGGGCGCGUUCCUUGUUAGAUCGAUGUCGAACUUAUUUAGCUCCCUCUAAUUACCGGUCUAUGAUGCGUGGCUUAAUGAAUCUUAAUCAAGCUGUUCAUUAUCCCACAUCAGCGGAUAGUAGUCAUGAAGUUCUGGUAUCUCUUGCAUGUGUAUUGAAUUGUUUGAAAAACCAUUUACCAUUGUGGGAGGAUUUCGUUCGCUUUCUGACUCCAUCACAAGCCCGUAGUUUGGGUCUGCUGUCCACCUACUUGAAUUUAGCUCGCAUUGGUCGAGUUCAAAGGGUUUUGCAAGAUAUUGUUCCUCAAGAUAGGAGGUUUUGGAGACGACUGCGCAACUUGGCAGACAGCUGUAGUAUUAAAGCACGUUAUAUGCCAGUUAAAAGGAAGUUAUAUGUGGGUCCAAAUGAUGCGCCUGCUGAAUCUUCAAACACAUCCAAAAAUCCCAGCAGUUGCAACGAAAGGGUAUCUGAUGAAAUCCAGACCACCCACAAAUCGUCUAUGACAGAACAAAGUCCUGUGGUGGAUGGCAAUCAGCUGAAGUCUCCACGUUUUAGAAGUGUGCAGCUGAAAGGUGGAGAUAUGCAUGAUUCGUUUGCCAAAGCGUGGUCAGUUCUUGAGCGCAGCUGGCGCAAUCGUCCUGUCCUUCUAUCUUCUAUCGCUAGUCUAAUUAACACCAGACACAAACCUUGUUCUGGUUUUGAACAGAGCUUCGAAGAGAUAGAUGUACUUGCUAGAAAUCCUAUUGGGAUUCCGAAUGCUUCUGAUGAAUCGAAUCAAAGUGCAAGUGUUUGUAAUGUGGAUGAAUACAUUCAUCAACUAGAAGCUGAUACCAACGAUCCUGUGAAUAAUCUGUCUUCUCACAUACAGUCUUUAUUUUCUGAUGGAUGGGAAAUAUGCACAGAUCUUUCUUCAGCUGCCUACAACCGCAAUAACCCGCCAGGAACAGCUUGGGCACGUAGGCAAUGUCCUUGUCUCUGUCAUGUAAAUGUCUCACCUAUUAAGGCUGCGAGUAUAAUGAAUCAAUGCGGAAAACCUGCAAAAGUGGAUAGUCUGGGUUUAAGACAUUGCAUUUCUUGUAGCCUAAGAGUGCAUCGUGGAACACUUUAUAUUGAUGAGUGUAAUCUCCACCUACGUCAUGUUCAGAUAACUUGGCCACCUGGUUUUAAGCCAAAAACUCGUUUACCUACAAGUGUUCCAUCAAGUGAUGCUCUUUCGACUCAGAACCAUCGUUUAACAACAAUGCAACAUGCCUCAAGUAUAUCCACGCGUGUUGCUGUAAAUGAACUUGCAAAAGUACAUUCCAAAUCAUAUUCAUCAAAUAAAUUAUCGAAUCACUGCACUCGACUACCAGAUAUGGCUGGUAGGCGUGUUUCAGUAGAAUAUGUUCAUACACGUAAACCGACCACACCAAUAAAUCAUGAAAUCAUCCCUUCAAAUAAUCACGGUUAUAGUGAUACUCUAGGAGCAGUCGAAAUCCAGUCACCGUGCAGUCUAACAGAUCUGAACCCAAGAUCAUUUCUUGAACAUAACGAAAGUGACUCAAUUCCACAGGAUCUACGCUCAAAAUCUGGCUAUUUAGAAAAUCCCAUAAGCUGGACACUGGAUGACGAAGCUGCUUGCUUUAACACAGAGGCUUUUGCCUCUGUAUCAGAUGAGAACCAUGAGUGCGAAUUCGGUGUAUUUAGUAAGAGUGAUAUGGAUGGCUGGACCCCAGAAGAAGACAGGCAAUUACUAGAAUUUUGCAAGAGUAGGGGUCGUUACAGUUCUAAAAUGUUCUCAAUCCUGGCUGAAAUUUGGGAACCUAAACCGUAUGAUUUCUCUCCUCAGCGGAACGCUAACGAACUAGAGGCGCGUUUCAAGCAACUGAUGCGCGCCACUUUAAAGGAAGCUUACGAUCCUGAACUAUUUCAAACACCUCCUUCACUAAAUUCAUCAACUGAAAGCAGUGAAUAGGCCAUUAUUACCAUUUGGUUUUAUUUGUCUUUCUUCUUCCCGUUACUUGAAUUUCUCGGCUUUUAAAUCUUUGUUUUCUUCCCUUAUUAAUGAUUCAAAAUUAAAUAUUUAUGCCAAUGACCUUUCUUUAAUAUUAUAUAAUUUAUGUUGUGUACAUGAAAUUUAAAUUUAAUCAUCAAAUCAAAAUCAACCAUGGAUAACUUUGUGAUAGUUUAGCCUUUAAAUAAUGUAUAUAUGUUAUCUGAAGUCACAAACGUUUACUGAAUUUUGACGUUGUUGUGGAAUUAAGUAACCAUGGAAAGUCUCCAAUAAAUGGAUAUCUGUGGGAAAUCAGAGAUUAUGUUCGAGAUCGUGAAAUUUCGGCUCAUUGUUGUACUGUGAUUGGGCUACAAACACACAGUCUACCAAAGUCUUCUGUAUGUCCAGAUAAGCCUAUUUCAGUGUCAUAUUGACAGUCUCCGAGGUAUUUUGGUUGAUCAUUUCCAUGUUACUAUUUUGAAACACGAGGGAGUUUGCAGUUCGGAAAAACUUGUUCGUGCUUCUAGUGAAAAUAUUCGUGGAUGCAAAUGUGAGCUUCAAAAUGCAAUUUUGGAAAUUGGCUUUACACUCCAUCUCAUAGUCAUUUAAUUCCUGGUAUUAAUAUUCUAAAGGAUGAAGGCGGUUCAGAUACGUUCCAGAACCUUUCAGAUUGUUAAAGAUUUGUCUACCGCACAUCAAGAUGUCAGCAGCGAAUAUCUCGCUCUCACUUCACCAUAGCCUGAUAUAAUGGUGUCUAAAGUUCAUAAUGCAGAUAUUCAUGUUGAGAAAUCCAAUAUUUCAUCUACCAGUAAUAAAUUGCAUACAAACGACAAUAAUAUUUAUUUUUAUUUUUCAUAUUGAAAGAUUCACUUAAGAGGUACUUAUCAUUUUCGUAAGAAUGUACAUGUUAUGCUUACUGUAGUAUCCCUAUACCAACUGUAAACACGCUUUUUGUAUACUUAUAUUUUUGCACAGACCGAUUUUAUAUGUACUUCGCAAACAUUUGUCAAUUUACUGUUGAACAUUACCUUGACAGUUUUAAAAAUUUGGCUACUGCUAUAGUACACGAUCGUAC